AUGUUCCGAAUGUCGAAUUCAGAAGCUCAGGUGCGACGCGCGCGAAAACCAUCAGAGACCGUGCACGAGAUGCAGGAAGAACAAUCUUGCCUAAAAGCCGAAUUGGUACGAGAAAAUGCCAGCCUUUAUGAGCAGUUGAACAACCACAACAACAGCAACAACAAUCACCCUUCAAGCCAGACAGAGAUUCCUGCGACAACCUGGGCCUCGCCUCAAAGUGCAAAACCUGCACCUUCACUCACUCAAUUACAACAACAAUCUGUCGCCCAAACAACCGGUCAUGACGGCCAGAUUUCGGAGAUCUCGAGCCACGCAGGCGUCCCAGGUUCUGUACCGCCUGUUGACAUACUACCGGACGUACCGGUAGGGUCCCAUGGUUUCCAGGUGGCGCCGGCAACGCUGGAAAUUGGCCAGAUUGGUAGGGACAAGAUCCAUCAUUGUUUUGCGCUCUUCUUCACACACUACGAAAUCUUCCUUCCCGGGUUGCUGGAUCCCAACAUGCCUCCCGAGGAAUACUACGAGCGAUCCCCCUUUCUGUUCUGGUCCAUCGUCGCCACCGGGGCACGCCGAUAUGCUGACGAUCCCACUCUGUUUCAGCGGGUGGUAUCUCAGGUCCAACAAAUUGCGUUGGGCACGCUCUUCUCCUGUUCCAACCCGAUUCCCACGAUCCAAGCCGUCCUGAUUCUCUGUUUGUGGCCGAUUCCGGUCAAUUCAAUGUGCCAGGAUACUUCCCACACACUCGGUGCGGUGGCCAUGCAACUCGCCGUGCAGAAUGGCCUCCACAUCCUUGGUCACCAGCAGGAUUACGAGCGUCAGAACAUUAACACGUCCAACAGCGAAGUAUCCUGGCGCUUCCGUCUCUGGAUCCAUUGUGUUCUAACGGUCCAAAACUCGAACUUGGUCGAUGGCUUUCCCUGCUGGACCGUCGCCGAAAUCGGGCACACAGAAUCUGAUCCGAUGCUGGAGCACAUUCUGUCGCCUUCGUUAUUCUACCACUACAAGCUCUACAAGGUGCAGACAGAUGCGAUUCAAGCAAUCACUCGGAGCGUGGAGCUUCUCAAACCAAAUUGUGGGCCACCGUUGAACUCGCUCAUCGACGUGUUUGAUGCACAAGUCCGAGCUUUGGCCCCUGCUAACAACAGAGAAAUUGAUGUCCUUGUGCAGAAAUGUACCCGCCUGGGCCUCCGGGCAUUCCAUUUCUUUGCGACCCCUGACGCCGCACGAACUGCCGGACUUGUCCAACUGUACGCCUUGUGCUGCAGCGUGCUGGACAUGCUUCACGACCUCGACGCGGCCAAUGACUUUGCUCUCUAUUCAACCCAGUGGCUACACCGAAUGUUGUGCUUGGCCGCCCACAUCAUCAUCCGGAUCACCUUUAGCGAAGUUCGCACUCACGUGGACCUCGAGCACGGCGAACGAGCCUUCUUCAAAGCCAUCAAGUUUACACGAAAGCGCUCGGUGGAGAACAAUGAUUUGGAUUCAAGGGCCGCACUCAUCUUGACCCAGCUCUGGGCCAACAAUUCUUCAUUCAGAAAGAAAGACGGUGCUCUGAUAGGAGACCGCAUGCGUCUGAGAAGUCGACUCUUUUCGAGCAUCAUGUCCGACAGUAACUGGCACUGGAGGGCAACCUUUGGCCAUAGGAAGCCUAAUCCUUACAAAGCCGACGAUGACGAAGGAGGAGAGGAGGCCUUCGCGGCUGAUGAGCAGCACCAGGGCAGUUCUGAUUGGACCUCAUCGUCAAUGUUGGUGCCGCCUUCUCAGCAACCACAAGGUUCGGCAACAUCGACGUUCCUGGGCGGCCCGAUGCUCAAUUUUGACGCUUUCAACGAUUUUCAAGACUGGGAUUGGACCCCCUUGAGAGACGGGAUGGAUCUCAGCACCAUAUCUCACUUUGCAGAGGCAGAUGCUGACUAG